CCUCAACACAUCACACUCAUACAUACACUGAAGUAAAGCUAGAGACCACGCAGCACUCACCAUGGUGUCUGACCCUCGUGGAGAGGUGAACGGGGAAGAGGAACCGAUAGAAGUUUGUGAGGAGAGAACGGAGAAGAGAAAUUCACCAAACCAGUCCAAUAUUCUAAUGGAGAGCUCAGAACUGAUUAAUAGUGGUACAGAGGAGUUCCAGACCGAACAAUCAGAGAGCGAGGAGAAGAAUUUUGUGAUGAAUCUGCAUCGUUUCAUGAAGGACAGAGGGACGCCCAUUGAGAGAAUACCUCAUCUAGGAUUUAAACAGAUCAACCUGUGGAAAAUCUACAAAGCCGUGGAGUUACUCGGAGGCUAUGACUCGGUGACGGCUCGACGGCUGUGGAAGAACGUGUACGAUGAGUUGGGUGGAAGUCCGGGCAGCACCAGCGCUGCUACUUGCACACGAAGACAUUAUGAGAGGUUAGUGCUGCCUUUUGAAAGACAUUGUCGAGGGGAGGCGGAUAAGCCCCUUCCACCAUCGAAACCCCGCAAACCGUACAAGAGGAGCGAGGAAAGCAAAAACAAAUCGGACAGCAAGAAAAAACGCAGGGCAACAGACAGAGAUGACCAGGAGGAGGAUCUUAGAGCCAAUCACCACUGUGAACAUGGAGUCUGUCCACACUCUGGACCAUGGCCUAGACCAUUAGAAUAUCCGGACGGUGACCAGGUUUCAUCUGCAGACACGUGCCUCAGAGAGAAGCCUCUCAUUCAACCGCUAAUCCCAACUCUUGGAAUUUCACCUCUAGAGAAGAAGAAACGUACAGCACAGGCCAGUCUGAGCGUAUCACUCCCUGCUGGCUUGGAGGAGGUUGCUGAACCAGAAAGACCCUCUGUUAUCCAGCUUUCACACUCUUCCACGCCAUCGGGACGUAUUAGCCACGCCUCUGAGGGCUCACCCCUUCCCCUGUCCUCUCCCCCGUCAUCACGCAGCCCGUCUCCUUUCUCUGUUUCUUCCGAUGACUGUGUAGCCAUGCCAGAAAAGAAGACACCUGCUUCCGAGGCAGAGAAACAGAAGCCAGCAAGCUUUGGGACCGCCCCUUCACCCAAGUCUGGCAGCGGAGUAAGGGUGUGCCAGCCACUACCUAUCGGACACUUCGCCUCCCCUAAAGACCUGUCCUUUUUGGCCCGUCCACAUUACAACCUCUUGCACCUCACUUCUACACAUCCAGACAAAACCCAGAGGCACUCGGGUCUCCGGAUCUCCAUGCCUGCCACUCUCGGCUCCACAUGUUGGGUGCCAUCUGCCUCAAGCUUCACCAGGGUCAUUCCUCGGGCCUAUGACCCAUAUCACAGGCCUGUAUCACUUCAGCCGCCAUAUAAACCUCACGCUCCUCAACCCAAGAGGCCAAACAGUGCUGAGAUUUAUGCCAAAAAGACCCCAUCUUCCUUAUACUUCCCAGAUCGCAAGGACAAAUCGAAGAUGGUACUUCCCAAGCCUAUGACAACUCAACAGUUCCUAAUUCAUCAGCCUACUGGACUGCCCAUGCCAUACCUUCUGCCAUCUUUUGAGCGACCUAGAGAGUCAGUGGAACAAAUGAAAACUUUACCGCUUCAUCCAGUCUUGCUUCCUUCUCAUCUUAGCAUUCCUCAAUCCUCUACUCAUCCCACACAUCCACUUCCGAUGGGUGCCACCUUGCCUGGACCAUAUCAGCCAGCUUUGCAUCCGUACCCUUACUCAGUGCCAAUCUGGCAUCCACCUCCCGGAUACAGCAUGGCAACGCUGCAGCCAUUUUAA